AUGGUGUUGCGCAAUCCAAUGAAAAUGGCGAUGCUCCUCAUCACCGCAAAUAACCCUAGCUAUGGCGGAAGAAAAUCCGCACCCCAAAUCAGCGCAGCUGGUGACGUUUUACGACAUCCUAAGCUCACACGGCCUCUCCAUCGGCUAUUCCCCAAAAGCAUCUUCGGUUUCUCCAUCGACCCCGCAUCCGGCGGUUUCCGCCUCUGCUUGCCGUCUCCUUCGCCGUGCGACACCGUGUUCGAGACCCACCUCCGGUAUGAAUACGACAUCACUGGGCGCAUCAACUACGGGAGGAUUUCUAAUUUGACGGGCAUUUUGGCUCAGGAUCUGUUUCUAUGGCUCCCGACGAAGGGAAUUCAGGUAGAUAUUCCGAGCUCCGGGUUGAUUUACUUUGAUGUGGAGGUGGUUUCCAAGCAGUUCUCCCUCUCGCUCUUCGAUACGCUCAAGAAUUGUAGUUCUGCGGAGGAUGUCGAUGGCUAUGGUGAUUUGCUGAAAAUUCCUCAGGUUUGA